GGGAAGUGGCUCAUGGAAUGACUUGGGAAAGGCCUUAAAGCUCCUGUAGAUCCACCAAAGAGCCACCUUCCACCAAGCUCCAGCCAACCUAAACCACUUCAGCCUUUGGAAGCAAUUCCUUGGAAUCACGUAGGGAGCAAACCCUCUAAUCCCGAAACACAAGAUCCUUAUGGAUCUUGGGGUAUCCUUAUGGAUCUUGGGGUAUCCUGAUGGAUCUUGAGGUAUCCUCAUGGAUCUGGAGGCUAAUUCCAACACGUUGCAGUGUUAAACUCCUGGUGGUAGCUCCUAACUCCUUCCUCCUUCUUGCCCUCAAAGCCUGUCAUUUGCUUGUGUGCUCCUCCAAUCCAUCGGUAUUCCAGGCUGGAAUGGGGUGGGAAGGGCUGGAUUGAAGGAGAUGGGAGGAGAACCUCAUGUGAGGACUUGGGAUGCGGUGGGUUUGGUGUCCUUAUGGGAGCAGAAGGUGCUGGUGGAGAGGACUUUGGGAAGCUGGUAUCCCGGUAUUCCAGAAGGACCAUCACAAGGAGGCAGGAAGAUGGGAGGGAAAAGACCUUUCCCUUCGGCUGGAAUUGGGAAGCAUGGAAUGGGUUGGCUUGGAAAGGACCUUCAAGCUCCUCCAGUUCUUCUGGAUGCUCCAGGUCGAGGUGGACCAGGCUUGGAGCAACCUACUCAUGGGAAUGGUGGCCCUAUGGAACCAGAUGGGCUUUCCCACAUCAUUCCCGCUUGGAAUGCCGCUUUCCCUCAUCCAUCUUCACGCUUCAGACCAUCUGCUGAAGAGGUGUCCAAGGUGACAUCGCGCGUGGUUUGAUGUCCAUCUGCUCCCUAUGGGAUCGGGCCUCACUUGGCCACGUCCCAUGGAGUAGGACCUCGAUGGGUUGGAGAAAUGGGUGGAGAGAAACCUCUUGAGGUUCUCCAAGGGCAAGAGGAAGAGGAGGAAGAAGCUCAAGGACCAACAGGUUGGGGGGUGACCUACUACAGAGAGGAUGAGCUGAGGAGGAGCUUGGGAGUGGGGCUGGUCAAUAGUAUCCAAGGGAGGUGAUCCUCCACCUUAAUGAGGCCACCAUGGGACCAGUUUGGGGCUCCUCAGACAAGGAGAAGACCUCCAAAGCUGAUGAAGGGUGUGGAGAACAUCUAGGAGGACAUGCGGAAGGUGGAGCUGGUUAGUGUGGAGAAGGAAGGAUUGAGAUGGGAUCAUCCAAGAGGAUGGUCCCAGCUUCUUCUCCCAGCACCAGGACAAGGAGUAAGGGUCAUAAAUGGAACCACCUCAAGUUCUACCUCCCCAUGAGGAAGAACUUCUCCCUCUUGAGAGGCUUCUUCUUUGGUGACCUCCCAAACCCACCUGGAGAUGUUGCUAUCACCCUGUUUUAGGUGGCUUUGGCCCAGAUGAUCCAAGAGGUCCCUUCCUCCUGCUACUACGACGUUACACCGAGGAGGAAGAGGACUUCCCACCUGCUUUCCACCAGGGUCGACGUUGAUUUGAUGCUUCUUCCAGGCAGGACAACUCCAACCUGGUGGAAGGAAAGCGGGAACGUUCAACCCCGACGUGCUGCUGGGGGGCUGGCCCCAUAGCGAGUGGAGGAUUAGGGGUUCCAUGGGGGAUUUUGGGGGGAAGAGAAAGGGAAUUCCAAGCAAAUCCCAGGAGAAGAUGGAGUUUCCUUGCUCCACCUUGAGCUUCCAACCAGGACAAGUGGUUGGAGAAGGCAAACGUGCUCAUCCAAGGCUACUCCUAGUAGUAGGAUUCCUCCGGGCAGCAGAAGCUGCCCCAUAGGUUCCUCCAGGUCAUCUUCAUGUGCUUGGCCAUGUCCUAAAGGGCUGAUGGGACCCACAGGGGAAUGUUCUCCUCGGGCUUUACUCAGUGGAGUAAGUGCUGCUUCCUCUCCGUGCUGCUACGCUCAGCCUGGAGGUUGAGGGGCCAACAAGAAGGUCUUCUCCUGGGUGGAGGAGAAGCUCCAGAAGGAACAUGCCAUGGGGGGACCCACAGCGCAGGGGCUGGGAUUUCUAUGGAAUCUUGGAAUGAUUUGGCUUGGGAAGGACCUUCAAGCUCCAACCACUUCCACCAGGGUCACCUUCCGCUGGAGCAAGUUGCUCCAUGGGGCAGCCCCACUUCCUCCAGCCCACCCACGGCCAUGUCCCACCACCUUUAUGGGGGAGAACUUCCAUCCCAAAGCCUUCCAUCCCAACCCAUUCCAUGAUUCCCGGGUCAUUUGGCUGCUCUUUGCAUAGGGAUGAGCGUCUACAAUGAUGUCCAUGAUCUUCUGAAGCCACCACAUGGUCCUUUGGGCUUCCAAAGCUUCCACCACCCUUCUCCUUGGCUCCAAGAAGAAGGGUUUGGGUUGUCUUCUCCAGAGGACGUGGGCUCCUGGAGAACCUGAUGGCUUCUUCAGAAGGAGAGAAGGUGUCUCCAAGGUUCCUCAAGCCCACCACUAUGACUGAUGGAGACUACGACUACCUGAUCAAGCUCCUGGCCCUUGGAGACUCCGGAGUUGGGAAGACCACCUUCCUCUAUAGAUACACAGACCAUAAGUUCAACCCCAAGUUCAUCACCACCGUAGGGAUUGACUUCAGGGAGAAACGAGUGGUCUACACCAGCAGAGGAACGAAUGGAGCUCCAGGGAAAGCCUUCAAGGUCCAUCUCCAACUUUGGGACACGGCUGGUCAAGAAAGGUUCCGAAGCCUCACCACGGCGUUCUUCAGAGAUGCUAUGGGCUUCCUCCUCAUGUUCGACCUCACCAGCCAACAGAGCUUCUUGAACGUCAGGAACUGGAUGAGUCAGCUCCAAGCCAACGCUUACUGCGAGCACCCGGACAUCGUCCUGGUGGGCACCAAAAGCGAUUUGGGCGAGCAAAGGGAGGUCCCCGAGAAGCAGGCGAAGGAGUUGGCGGAGAAAUACGGGAUCCCCUACUUAGAGACGAGCGCUGCUACCGGGUGUAACGUGGAGCAGGCUGUGGCCACGCUCCUGGACUUGAUCAUGAAGAGGAUGGAGCAAUGCGUGGCCAAGAGCCAAAACUCCGUCCCAAGCAAUGGAAUAACAUCGGGAAUGCUGGAUACGACCCAAAACCAGAAGAAGGAGGAGGAGGAGAAGAAGUGUUCCUGCUAAACCUCCCUGGGAAAAGCAAUGGGAAAGGGGGGGGGGGGGGGCUCAAAGUCACCCAGCACCUUCCCGGAGCCACAUCCUGGUGUUCCCAUGGGAAUGGGUUCUCAUUCCAAGCUGGGUUUGCUCCUGGUGUCACCUUCCUGGAAAACUCUUCCUUUUUCUUCCUGCUCCCCCCAUCCGUUAUUUUCCCUUGGGAUCAGGGGAGGGAAUGGAGACAAGUAGCUUUAUUCUUCUAAGGAAAGAAGGGGGAAAACUUCGCUCCUUCCAUUGGAAUUCCAAGGAAAACGGGUGGUUUUCCACAGCCGGGGCUGGUUUUCCUACUUCCUCCUGUUGUUCCUACUCCUUGGAGUUCCAAAGGGAAGAGGCAAAAGACACGACGUGGCCUCUUCACGCUCGCGCUGAGGAAGGAAUGUUGGGGCUCCAUAUCCCUAUGGAAUGGUUUGGGAAAGGGGGUGGCUUGUGCUUUGGGAUGGGGGGACUUGGGUCUAUGGGGCGGAAAGGGGGUGAAGAAGCAGCGGGGAGUAGCGCAGCACCUCGGCUGUGGCCAAGAUUCCAAGGCUUUGGAAUGUUGGAGGGAAUACUCCGGCGGCAGGGAUCGCUUUUCCAAGGGAGACGAUCUAACGUGGACGCGGAGUAAGUCUUACUCCGUGGAGUAACUUCCUCCCUUGAGCAGAAUCCAACCCCCCUCCUCAACACGAGGAGCCCGGCCCCUUCCCGCUUUCCCUUCGGAUAACCCAUAGGAUCUAGGGAACCAUGUGUAGCUCUUUGCACUGCUGAGUAGGGACUUACUCACCCUCUGCGCUGAGCCCACCUCUGUGGUGUUGGACCCCGCCAACAACGGGUUUCCUACCAGGAACCGGCUUCCUCAUCCUCUCCGAGCCCUCUCCAAGAGGGAUACGGAGGCUGGGAAUGAUGGGAAGCCACAAGGUGUGAGUAGAGAGGAGCGUGAGUAGGAAGUGAGUAGGAAGGAGCUCAGCGCCGGGGGUGGAACUUACUCACGGGUGCAGCGCAGCAAGGGUGUAGUAGGAAGCGAUAGAAGCAGGGCGUAGUAAAGCAAUAGUUGGCAAAGCAGGAAUAGAGGGAAAGCCAACACGCAACUCCUAAGUUACUAAGUGGAACUCCUGUUGUAAGCCAAAUCACAGCCUAUUUAGGAGGCUACUCCGGCCUUCUUUCGUGGACUAACUGUUGUAGCUUACUCCGGGUAGGAUUAAGCUUACUCCAGGUGGGAUUUCCAGGUCUCUCUUUGUGUUUCCUGCACUCCAAGCGACUUACAAAGCGCUCGGAGGGGGCAAAAUGGGUCUUUUGGGGGGGGGCGGGAUUGCAGAAUUCCAUGUAUUUGAUCCCAGAUUUUCCCGUUCUCAACCUCCUCGGUGGUUCCCAAAAGUGGAGAUACUCCCAUUUGGAGGCACGUUUCCUCCUCAGAGGAUGUUUCCUCGCUGCUUCGGCGUGUUUAACUACCUGUAGUAGCGAAAGCACGGGGAGGGGGGGGGAGUAAGCAAAUAGUUGCUACGAGGGUGUCAAGGAUCAAACUCGCAGCUUAAUCCUGGAACGGGUUGGGAUGGGAAGGACCUUAAAGCUCCUGUGGUGCUGCUCCGCGGAGGAAGCGGUGAGUAGUACUCAAAGGAGUAAAGGAAGGUGGAGUAAGCAGCUUCAAGCCGCCCUGCUCCAACCUUGAGGACAAGGUUCCAAGUGGAAUGAGGGACGUUUAGGUUGGAUCCAAGGAAUUCCUUCCAUGGAGAGCGGGAAGCACCGGAAGUGGGGAACGCUCCUACUACUACUAGUAGAUGUGGGACGGGAGCUCGGAGUAACCUGCUCUACUAGAAGGUGUCCUAAGGUGGAACUAAGUGAGCUUGAAGGUCCUUUCCACGCCGUACUAUGAGGCUAUGGAAGGUGUGAGCGCUACAAGGAGGUUCCACCUACUCUCUCCACAUAGAACAGGAGGAGCAACUAAGUAGUAAGUGCUGUGAAGCCCUCGAACGGGUCCGUUUCUCAACCAGCUUCUUGGAGACCUCGUCUCGGAGUAGAAACCAGGUUGUCCCCUCUUCUUUUCCUCCUAGUUCUCCUCCUCCCAACAUGAGCAGGGUGUAGUAAAGCAAUAGUUGGCAAAGCAAGAGGAACAGAGGGGAAACCCAACGCGCAACUCCUAAGUUACUAAGCGGCACUCCUUUUGUAAGCCAAAUCACCGCCUAUUUAGGAGGCUACUCCGGCCUUCUUCCGUGGAGUAACUUGUAGCUUACUCCGGGUAGGUGGCUCCGUCCCUUCUCCACCAGCUCUACGCUCCUCUUAGUGUGUGUAAACUAUGUGGAAGCUCCGUGGCCCUCGUUGGCACUUGCUUUCCUCCGGGGUUACUACCGUGGCUUCUCCUUACUCCUUGGUGAGCAGGUUCGUGUUCCACCGCGGAGGAAUUGUGUCCCCCGGCCCCGCGCUGCCCUUUGUAGAAUAAAGGUCCCUUUGUAAA